UUCACAAGGAAGCAGCUCAUGGCAAUCCCUGCCUAGAUCUGGUUGGCAAUGAAGACUUUCAGAACCAGAGUUCCUAAAGCAGCAAACCUGCAGCGGCAUCACGAGCAAAGUGCUGUUUAGGGAGGAGAUCUAUCCUGUAACAUCUGGAAGAGUUUCCCUCAGCUUCUCUGGUGCUUUUGGAGGCUGAGCUGCCAGCAGGCAGGAGCCCUGAGGCGUGGGCAGGACUGGAAGCAGAUGGAUCCCAGCAGCAGCAGCUGCAUGCGCAGCCCACAGCCUCCCCCCCUGCUCUGGGGCUGUGUGAGGAGCUCCCAGCCCGAGCUGAGCUCAGCUCCAGGGCUCAGCCACUACCCAGCAGCACCAUUCUCCUUCCAGCAAAAAGCAGAUUUUGCUGCUUACUCUGAUUUCUCAGCCUCCUGCCUGGUGCCAGCUCCCCACAGCUUCCCUCAGGAGCAGCACCCCUCGUUCCAGCACCCUGAGUGGCACCUGGCAGCCCCUGAGGCCACAAGAGGAGCAAAUCCGGGGCUGGCCUUGGCUUCUGGAGAGUCAGAGGGCAGCAGCACCAGCCUAGUGAGUGUGGCUGUGGAUGAAGAUGAUGAGGCACCAGCAAAUCCUACAAGUGACUCUGAGAAAAAGCCAUCCAGAAGGAAAAAGGAAAGCUCAGAGACCCAGAACUCCAGCAAUAAGGCAGAAAGCAGCAGCAGCAGAUCAAGGAAGGAAAGGACAGCUUUCACCAAGGAGCAGCUGAGGGAGCUGGAAGCUGAAUUUGCCCACCACAACUACUUGACAAGGCUCAGGAGAUACGAGAUAGCUGUGAACCUGGAUCUCACCGAAAGACAAGUCAAAGUAUGGUUUCAAAACAGAAGAAUGAAGUGGAAACGUGUUAAAGGUGGGCAAGCAGCACCCUCACAUGAACAUGACACAGAGGAUGUGGACUCUGCUGCCUCCCCCAGCUCUGAGUAGGCCCUGCAGCAAUGGGAGAGGAGUUUGGAGAAGAUCAUUGAUUGGAAUGUGGGUGCAACUGCUUAAAAUCAGCUACAAAAUGAGGUUACAGAGGCAAUUAAAGAGAGCGCAGGGGGAAAAGAGCCAAAGGACAGCAUGGUUUUGAUUUUUGUCUUUUAAACUGUCUUACUACCACAGAUGUGUCUACAGAAAAAAACCAAGAGCAAACACUGAAUAUAAAACAGGAGUAAUGUUGCAGAGACUCUCAAACAUCCAGAAAAUGCAGAUUUUUAGUUGGCAUAUGCAGCUCUGUCCUCAUCCAGGCUUCCCCUGGUCACAACUCUUCAGUUUGCAUUUGGACUUGACAGUGCACAUUUUCCCUGUGCCCUACUUGGAGAGAAAUAAAUACUUUGAUAGUCACUGAUUUUUCUUGCAAAAUGAGUUGGACACCUGUAUGAAUAGACAAUAAGAUUACAAAAUAAAAUGUGAGACUAAAAAUAGAUAUACACAGAAGUCUGCUCACCAGUUUUAGGAGAUGUUUUCACACUGACACUCUAAGAAGGUCGGUGCCUUGUUGAUGGCAGCAAUUUGCAGUGGGAGAUUUCUUCCAAGCUUACUGUAAAUCCUGAAAUUAAAUUGCUAGAUCUCAAUUUCAAAUAUUCCUUCAAAGCAGUCAUUACCAAAUGUCCCAGUGGGCACAGCAGAGAUUGAACUCUCAACAUAACAGCUAAAAUAUCAAUAUUUUGGUUUCAAGUUUUCCAGUAAACUGCCACAGCACCACCAGAACUUUUAGGAACACUUAAGAACAUCCCCACUUUAAAUUAUUCCCACUUUCAACCAAAACUUGUAGUGUAUCAAAUUAUGAUUAUUUAGAAAACCAUAGUGCCUGCUCCCAUUUCUUAUAUCUUUUUGUUUCAUCUACUAAAGCCAUAUUUUAAGCAGAAUUUCACACUACUGUACCACAUUAUGACCCUUGAGAAUACUGAAACCUUGGUUUAAAUAUUUCAGAAGUAACCAUCAUUUGCAGCUCCAGCCUUUCACCUUACUCUGAUGCUGUUGUGGUUGCAUUGAACUGUAGAUAUGUUGGGUACAAAUUUGUAUAUCUGGAUUAUAAUUUUAUAAAGCUGUUAGUGGUAAUUCCACUUGUAAAAGACCUCAAAAUUGAUAAAUAUCAUUUUUUUAAAAAACAAGGAUGCUGUAUUCUUUUCAAAGAGCUGCUUACUGUAUCUACUAAGAAAAAACAAACGUUACAUUCCUUCUCAACAUUUCCAAACUCUGAUGGAUGAAAAAAAUCAACAAUUUAGAGUUAA